CAAGUUGCCUGAAGUAGCUUCCUGUAUGAUGGUUAUUUGCCUGUACCAAGACACACCAUUUUUUUAUUCACAGAAAAUUCCACCAUGAGGACCAAAAGUAAAAAAAAAAACCAAAGAAUUGGGUUCAGUGUGGGCAUGACAUCUUAUCUUAGAACAAACUCGUGGAUAAGCAGAAUAUUUUACCUGAUCAAAUGAAUAUUUUCGAGUAGGGAAAAGCUGCAAGGCUGAAGCCUGAAAGGAAUGAAGGUAACAGCUUGCUGUCAACUAUUUGGACAACAAUGCAGUCAACUUAACAAAAAUGGAAAGAGAUGAAGGAAAACUAAGGGUUGCUUUGUACUUUUUCUUUGCUUGCUGCAGCCAAUUAGAUCCAGUCUAUUUUUAGUUUAUUUCCUGUGUUUGUGUUGGCAUUUUGCCACAUUAGAAACGCACUGCUCUUGCUUGCACAGGAGGACGACCAUGUGUGUCUCAUCACAUCAACAAACACGGUGUCCCAAACCCAAAGCUUGUACAUGUGGAUCACAUCACCUCACCACAUGACAUCACAUGCAUAUACCUCAUACGCGGCAGCUCUGACAUACAGCACCUGUAAUGCCCGAAUAGUGACUUUUGCAAUCUGCAAGCAUGAAAUGUGCUACCACAGAUUGAUCCUCGGAUUUUUUUUUGUUUGCAUAAAUUGAUCUUUGGGUACUAGGAUGCCCCUGCACAGUGUGCAGUGCCAACAUGGGCUCUUUCCUCUUAAACAUCUGACAGUUUUGGGCCUUGAGCAGUACCAACAUGGGCCAUGAGACCCUUGUGUAGCUCUUUCCUCUGAAACAUUAUUAGGUUUGGUCUUUUAUAGUAUGCCUCAAAACAGAUCGUCAAAAAAAAAAAGUAUGCCUCAAAUGGCGGCACCAUUGAUAUUCUCCCCAUAUGCGAAAUGAUCUAUCAUUUUAGCUCUUUGGAAACAUUCAGUAGGUUCGGGCUAUUUUUUUAAUAUGCUAUGGAUGGCCAGCCCUUUAAUACUAGAUUUUUCUCCAGUAGUCCAGCGUGGUAGUAGGCGACACUUGAACCCGGCCUGAGAAACGAAACUUGUGUGUAUCAUAGUGUACUUGUAGUACGGAGUAGUAGGUGACUGAAAGUUGCCAGGUACCAUAUUAUAGGAGUUUGGUAUGUGAAAAGUUGAGUCUGAGCUUGUCGGACGAGACGUGUCACCUUUCCAGUAUCUCACCUACCCCCGUUUAUCCUAUAUCCCAUGCAUACAUACAUGCACACCGGAUCGAACAGUUGCCGUGCAUGCGCAGCGAGCUGGCCGGCAUGGACAUCCCACUCCCACUGCUGCUCUCCACUCUGGCCAUCUCUGCCACCAUAUGGUAUGUCUUCUUCCGAGCCGGCAAGGGGCACCGUGCGCCGCUGCCGCCUGGCCCGAGGGGCUGGCCAGUGCUGGGGAAUCUCCCGCAGCUGGGCGGCAAGACACACCAGACCCUUCAUGAAAUGACAAAGGUGUAUGGGCCCGUGCUCAGCCUCCGGUUCGGCAGCUCCGUGGUGGUGGUGGCUGGGUCAGCCGCCGUGGCUGAGCAGUUCCUCCGCACCCACGACGCCAAGUUCAGCAGCCGGCCGCCCAACUCCGGUGGCGAGCACAUGGCGUACAACUACCAGGACGUGGUGUUUGCGCCCUACGGCCCCCGGUGGCGCGCCAUGCGCAAGGUGUGCGCCGUCAAUAUCUUCUCGGCCCGUGCGCUCGAUGAUCUCCGCGGUUUCAGGGAACAGGAGGCCACGCUCAUGGUGCGGUCCCUCGCGGAUGCUGCCAAAGCCAGAGCGGCGGUGGCGGUUGGCAAGGCGGCGAACGUGUGCACGACCAACGGCCUGUCUCGGGCAGCGGUGGGGCUUCGGGUGUUCGGAAGCGAUGGCGCCAGGGACUUCAAGGAGAUUGUGCUGGAGGUGAUGGAGGUGGGCGGGGUUCUUAACGUCGGGGACUUUGUGCCGGCCCUCCGGUGGCUCGACCCGCAGGGUGUCGUCGCGAGGCUGAAGAAGCUGCACCACCGGUUCGACGACGUGAUGAACAGGAUAAUCGCCGAGAGGAGGACCGGAGCCAAGACGACCGUGGUGGAGGAAGGUAAGGGGGACCUGCUGGGCUUGCUGCUUGCGAUGGUGCAGGAAGACAAGUCGCUCACCGGCGGCGAGGAGGACAAGAUCACCGACACUGACGUCAAGGCGCUUAUACUGAAUUUGUUUGUGGCGGGAACAGAGACAACGUCGAGUAUAGUGGAGUGGGCAGUAACGGAGCUGAUCAGGCACCCAGAAAUACUGAAGCAGGCCCAGGAGGAGCUAGAUGCCGUCGUGGGCCGUGACAGGCUCGUCUCGGAGUCUGACCUGCCACGACUCACGUUUUUCAAUGCCAUCAUCAAGGAGACGUUCCGGCUGCAUCCUUCGACGCCGCUCUCACUUCCCCGAGUGGCCUCCGAGGAGUGUGAGGUCGCCGGCUAUCACAUCCCAAGGGGCACUGAGCUACUGGUCAAUGUGUGGGGCAUCGCCCGUGACCCAGCCCUAUGGCCUGACCCGCUGGAGUACCGGCCCGCCCGGUUCCUCCCAGGAGGGUCGCAUGAGAAUGUCGAUCUCAAGGGAGGCGAUUUCGGGCUGAUACCGUUUGGGGCGGGCCGGAGGAUAUGUGCGGGCCUAAGCUGGGGCUUGCGGAUGGUCACCGUUACAACCGCUACCCUGGUGCACUCGUUCGACUGGGAGCUGCCGGCGGGCCAGAUGCCGGAUAAGUUGAACAUGGAGGAGGCCUUUUCUCUGCUGCUGCAGCGGGCCGUGCCAUUGAUGGCCCACCCGGUGCCUAGGUUGCUCCCAUCGGCUUACGAAAUUGCAUAGAAGCUCACGCUUUGCUGCGCUGGAGGGCAUGCUCCAGUUAUACCAUGUACUGCUAUUGAUGGUUUGUCUCACUGUUACAACUAAAGUAGUACUUCCGAUGUAUACUGUUCUGAGAAGUUCAAUAAGAGAGAAUGACAUAAAAGAUACA